AUGAUUAUUGCGCUCUUAUGUGAUGUAUUCUUAAUUGGCGGAUUGGCUUUUGCCUCUGUUGAGGGCACCCUGCCAAACAUACGACGAUUGCAGUACAUUACUGUCUAUGCAUACUCUUGGGUUUCAGAGUGGCCUUUGCUGUUUAUCUUACUUAAGAUAGGCAUUAAAGUACUCGCCUCUUUCUUUGGAGUUUUUCGGACUUGGUUAUCUCAGGCUUUUUUUGUAUUCGACAUCUUGACGAUGAUUGGGCUCGUCGUUAUUUUCUUAGAUGGAUAUGAAGCAAGGGUUGCCAUACACGAGGCGAUAAAGGACUAUAGUGAUGAAGUAGAAUUCCCAACUCUUUCUAGAGAUUUGUCGAUUUUUAGCGAUACUUUUUGGAAUCGACUUGUCAAUCCGUUCUAUAUUCCAAAAGACGUAAUACAAUAUGCCAAUAUCGCAUAUUGUACUGACAAUGAGCUAGCCGAAGUACAAACCGAUCAAAUGCAAUCAUUGUCACUCGACAUUUACACUCGUAGAGAUACUUUGGCAACCUUGAAGCCCGUUUUUUUAUUCAUUCAUGGAGGCGGAUGGGUAAGAGGUGACAAAGCAUCGCCGUAUCCAUUGAUCCGUCAUUUAGCCGAAUCUGGUCUUACCGUCGUUGCAAUAAACUACCGUCUUGCAUCGGUUGCUCCAUAUCCAGCACAGUUGAUUGACGCAAAACGUGCCUUGCGAUGGGUGAAGAAAACCAUCAAAAAUUUCGGAGGAGACCCUAACUUUAUCGUAGUUGGUGGUGACGGUGCUGGUGGACAUCUCGCUGCGCUUGUUGCUCUGACACCAAAUAAUGCAGAUUAUCAGCCUGGUUUCGAAUUGGUAGACACAAGUGUACAGGCAGCUGUUCUAAUCAAUGCUAUAACGGACGUUCUUAACGAGACAAUGGUCUGGCACUCAAACUUUGCCGAACACUUUGCAAAAAAAAUAGCCAAGUUGGAAACGAACAAUGAGGACUUUUUAAGGCAGCAUUCACCGAUACAUAAUAUAAAACCCGAUUCGGUACCAUUUCUAGUAUUCCAUGGGGAUCGCGAUAAUCUAGUUCCGUUCCAAUUAUCAAAUAACUUUAUGGAACGGUUCAAAAAAGUGUCAAAAUCUGAGAUUCAAUUCGUCCAAAUUCCGGGCGGGCAUCACAUAUACCAUCAAUUUACCUCACCUCGUUCGCAAUAUCAAUCUAUUGGUAUUGAAAAAUGGAUAAAGCAUUUAUACCAUGAUGGAAAGCACGAGUAG